AUGCCCAACAUCAGCUCUGUGAGCGAGUUCCUUCUGCUGGCAUUCGCAGACACGCGGGAGCUGCAGCUCCUGCACUUCAUGCUCUUCCUGGGCAUCUACCUGGCUGCCCUCCUGGGCAACGGCCUCAUCCUCACAGCCAUAGCCUGCGACCACCGCCUCCACACCCCCAUGUACUUCUUCCUCCUCAACCUCGCCCUCCUCGACCUGGGAUCCAUCUCCACCACUCUCCCCAAAGCCAUGGCUAAUUCCCUCUGGAACACCAGGGCCAUCUCCUAUGUGGGAUGUGCUGCACAGAUAUUCCUGCUACUCAUUUUCAUUCCAUCAGAGCUUUCCUUUCUCACCAUCAUGGCCUACGACCGCUACGUUGCCAUCUGCAAGCUCCUGCACUACGGGAGCCUCGUGGGCAGCAGAGCUUGUGCCCAGAUGGCAGCAGCUGCCUGGGGCAGUGGCUUUCUCCAUGCUGUGCUGCACACUGCCAAUAUAUUUUCACUACCUCUGUGCCAUGGUAAUGCCAUGGACCAGUUCUUCUGUGAAAUCCCCCAGAUCCUCAAGCUCUCCUGCUCAAACUCCUACCUAAGGGAAGCUGGGAUGGUUGUGAUUAGUGCUUUUCUAUUUGGGGGGUGUUUUGUUUUCAUUGCUCUGUCCUAUGUGCAGAUUUUCAGAGCUGUGCUGACGAUCCCCUCCCAGCAGGGACGUCACAAAGCCUUUUCCACAUGCAUCCCUCACCUGGCUGUGGUCUCCCUCUUUAUCAGCACUGUCAUGUUUGCACACCUGAAGCCCCCCUCCAUCUCUUCCCCAUCCCUGGACCUGGUGGUUGCAGUUCUGUACUCGGUGGUGCCUCCAGCAGUGAACCCCGUCAUCUACAGCAUGAGGAACAAGGAGCUCAAGGGUGCUGUGUGGAAACUGAAGCCCAUCUGUUUUUCAUAA